AUCCCCCUGAACCAGUUCAUGGGGCGGUGGAUCUUUCUCAACACGACCUGUGCGGAUUUCACCAAUGGCGCUGAUGAAUGGGACCGGCGGACAAGUGCUUUAAGCGAACUGUCACCCGCCACCUUCGAGCAGCGCAUUCAACCACCCUCGCCAACGUCGUGUCUUGGGCACCCGCUCGCGGCUUACUCUGAAGUGGAAAGCUAUCUCCUGGAAUACUUCAUCCACGGAAUUGGGCCCAACUGUUCCCUGAGUCCAAUAAAUAACCCAUACAUCACGCUUAUCACUCCACUCUCAUUUUGCCAUACGACGCUUCGAAAUGCGCUAUUGGCGGUUGCAUCGAAUCAGUUCAGUCUCCUCGGCGAUACGCGAUUCGUAAAAGAGACAUUGGUCUACAAAGAUAGGGCGCUGAAGGGAUUACAGCAAGCCAUCUGUACUGGUGAGAUAGACGAUGGAGUCAUCGCAACUGUGCUAAUGCUGUGCUUUCAUGACAUAUCCGAUGACUGCGACCCAUCUUGGGUAACACAUCUUCAUGGAGGCCUCGAUCUCUUAUACCGCGUCCCCUCGAACAAAAGUGGAAGCUGCUCUCUACGAAGGUUCUUCGAGAUGUACUUCGUCGCUCAUGAAAUCAUGAGUCGGACAGCUUUUCAGACCAUAAAGCGUGAUGGAAUCACGCACAGCUGGUCAGAUAGUGACGACCUUGAUGAGAUCGACACAGUGAUGGGCUGCUCGCGCAGGCUCAUGAGUCUUAUAGAUGAUGUGUCCGACCUUCCACAACCUGGCAAACUGAAGGUAUCACUCCUUGGAACUCCCUCUUAUCUGAAAAUUGCCUCCUCCAUAUCAACGCUCAGCCAGACUCUCCCCCGAUACUCAGAGGACAGAGCCGAUCUCGCCCAGAUUGCUGAAGCCAAGCGCUUAGCUGCGCUACUCUACCUUAGUGGACGCCGAAGUCCUCGAAAUGACGCCGAAGUCAAGCUUCCUGACAGAUUAGACAAGCGUCACCUCACCUCUGCCAUCAUAAACAUAAUAUCCGUCCUCCCUGAUCGGGCUACGCUCCUCUGGCCUCUCUACAUUCUAGGGCAUGUGGGAUUGGACACCGAAGAUCAUCGCCGGUUUGUCCUUGAGAGGCUUGAAACAAUGCAGAGGGCACGAAACCUGGGUAGUGUGAGACGUGCCCUAAUGGCAGUCAAGCGAGCGUUCCAGGUUGUUGACAUGAAACAUUCGGCUGGCCAUAGUUGGGGGGACAGUGGAUUUGGGCUUAUCAGCCUGGCCUAG